AUGAGUGAGAAGUAUGCAGGAACAACAAGACUUUGGGUUAUUGCUGUAUCAGAUGACACUUUUGAUGCAAUCGAGCCACUCAAGCAAUUAGUUGAAGAUCACGGGACAACCUUUCAAGCAGGAUUUACAGGUGAGCCGUUUAAUCCAAUGAAUGGUUACGAUGACAAUGAUGAUGAUGAUGAUGGUGAUGGUGAUGAUGAUGAUGAUUCAUUUAAAUUUUGCUAG